AUGGAACCAUUAUAUCAAAAGAAAUCAUCAAAAUGGAAUGAGUACAUUCUGGUUCUCCCAUGCAGUUUUUUUACAUUCCAUAAGGUGUGGCAGAAAAUGUCAGUCAGCAUGCAUGAGAAUCGCAAGUCUAGAGCCAGCACUGGCUCUAUAAAUAUAUACUUAUUCCACAAAUCAUCAUAUGCUGAUAGCGUCCUUACUCACCUGAAUCUUCUACGCCAACAACGGCUUUUUACAGAUGUACUUCUCCAUGCUGGGAACAGGUCAUUCCCUUGCCAUAGAGCUGUCCUAGCUGCAUGUAGUCGCUACUUUGAAGCAAUGUUCAGUGGUGGACUUAAAGAGAGCCAGGCUAGUGAAGUCAAUUUUCAUAAUUCUAUUCAUCCAGAAGUCUUAGAACUUCUGCUGGACUAUGCGUACUCCUCCAGGGUUAUCAUCAAUGAAGAGAAUGCAGAGUCCCUGCUAGAGGCUGGAGACAUGUUAGAAUUCCAGGAUAUCAGAGAUGCUUGCGCAGAGUUUCUGGAGAAGAACCUUCAUCCCACCAACUGCCUUGGUAUGCUGCUGCUGUCAGAUGCUCACCAGUGCACCAAGCUUUAUGAACUCUCUUGGACGAUGUGUCUUAGCAACUUCCAAACUAUCAGUAAAAGUGAAGAUUUUCUCCAGCUGCCAAAAGACAUGGUUUUGCAGCUCCUUUCCAGUGAAGAAUUAGAAACUGAAGAUGAAAGAUUAGUAUAUGAGUCAGCUAUUAACUGGGUUAACUAUGAUCUGAAUAAGCGCCACUGUUAUCUCCCUGAACUAUUGCAAACUGUGAGACUGGCUCUCUUGCCAGCCAUCUACCUUAUGGAGAAUGUAGCCAUGGAAGAACUUAUCACUAAGCAAAGGAAAAGCAAAGAUAUAGUAGAAGAAGCAAUAAGAUGCAAGCUAAAGAUCUUACAGAAUGAUGGUGUGGUCACCAGUUUGUGUGCCAGACCUCGUAAAACUGGCCAUGCACUGUUUCUUCUGGGGGGCCAAACCUUUAUGUGUGACAAGCUGUAUCUGGUGGACCAAAAGGCAAAAGAGAUCAUUCCAAAGGCUGACAUCCCAAGUCCACGGAAAGAGUUCAGUGCUUGUGCUAUUGGCUGCAAAGUGUAUAUCACUGGAGGCCGGGGAUCAGAAAACGGAGUCUCCAAAGAUGUUUGGGUGUAUGACACUCUUCAUGAGGAGUGGUCAAAGGCUGCCCCCAUGCUGGUAGCUAGGUUUGGGCAUGGUUCUGCUGAACUCAAACACUGUUUGUAUGUAGUAGGAGGACACACUGCAGCAACUGGUUGCCUUCCAGCUUCUCCUUCAGUAUCCUUAAAGCAAGUAGAACAGUAUGACCCUGUGACCAACAAAUGGACAAUGGUUGCACCACUUCGAGAAGGAGUAAGCAAUGCAGCUGUAGUUAGUGCAAAGCUUAAGCUAUUUGCUUUUGGUGGCACCAGUGUUAGCCAUGACAAGCUGCCCAAAGUUCAAUGUUAUGAUCAAUGUGAAAACAGAUGGACAGUACCAGCCACCUGCCCCCAGCCCUGGCGCUACACAGCUGCAGCUGUUUUGGGUAACCAGAUUUUUAUUAUGGGUGGAGAUACUGAAUUCUCAGCAUGCUCAGCUUAUAAAUUCAACAGUGAAACAUACCAGUGGACUAAGGUGGGAGAUGUGACAGCUAAGCGAAUGAGCUGCCAUGCAGUAGCAUCUGGAAACAAACUGUAUGUAGUCGGAGGCUAUUUUGGGAUUCAAAGAUGCAAAACAUUGGACUGCUAUGAUCCCACAUUAGAUGUAUGGAACAGCAUAACCACAGUGCCCUAUUCACUAAUUCCCACAGCAUUUGUCAGCACAUGGAAACACCUCCCCUCGUAA